AUGGCUAGGUGAGCAGCUGGAUAGACUCUUUAGUGAACAGAGGGACAGAUGGACAGAUAGUGUGGAUAAUGCAAUGAGAGGCGCUGAAUGUGAGGGCUGGUUCAGGGGCCUGACUGAUGGCUAGGAGCUUUGGGCCUGGAGAACCCACACAGUGUUAGGCUAGGAUAGUUAGAUCCAAGAUGAGAAGGAUUGUGUUGUUGAGAGUGUGUGUGCAUUUGUGUGUGUGUGUAUGAGAGAGAGGCAGAGGCGAGCAGGCUGGACGGAGAGAAGGAGGAGGGGUAGAGCAGGGGAGCAGGUUGGGUGCCAGCAGAUGAGACAGAUGUUGGGCCAUACUGGAAAGCAUCGGCACAGUGCACCAGGACGCCUGCCUCCGCUCCUGACAUCUGGGCCUCGCCUGGGUCAGCCUGCCUGGUCGCCCUGGGCAAUGAGCCUGUACAAGCCUUGUGGCAAACGGGGCUGGCGCUGCGCUGCCUUUUAAACGGCGGGGUGCACCGGAGCAUGAUUAAUGCCCUCAUGUCCACCCCACUGCUCAGCAGAGGCAAGGCAGAGGUGACUGAGAGAGAGAGAGAGAGAGAGAGAGAGAGAGAGAGAGAGAGAGAGAGGAGAGAGAGAUAGAGGAGAGAGAGAGAGAGGAGAGAGCUGAUAGAGAAGAGCAUCAGAGAGAGAGAGAGAGAGAGAGAGAGAGAGAGAGAGCUGCCUCAAAGGACAGACAAUAGCACAUCACACUCACAAUGCAGUGAUCUUAAGUAUAGCUUUGUCAUCUUUCAGUAAUUUGUAGUGUGUCUGUUGCGUCAGAGUGAGUUGAAUCUGAGGCCUCAGUUGUUGGAAGUGUGUAAUGCACCAUUAGGGCUGGGAGCAGGAAGGCUGUCCAAAUCUGCCACUGUAUUUUACAGCAUCUGUCACUGAGCUUUGGCCCUGCCCUUCUCUUUAAGAACAAACAAGAUUCCACAGCUUGUUUUUCAGAGAAAUGUUUUUUUUCCCUCCCUGUUUUUCCCCCAAAGCCCACUCCACAUCCCCCUCACCCUCCCUCUGCCCCAAGUACACAAAUGGCAGAGGCAACUUACAGAACCUACUCAGCCUGUUAUCAAUGCUGCUCUCUAGUUGCAUUUCCUUUUCUUUUUACACCAAAUUAAAAGUGUGGAAACUUAACGAAUAGCAGGCUGAAACAACACACAUCUAAUUAAUUUUGGCUGACAAUAAUUAUUUUGUUCCGAAUGGAUUGGUUUAUCCAAGAUGCAAAAUAAUGAGUUUUCCUUAAACAUAAAACAUGGUAAUUGAUCUGUUGCCUUUUAUAUAUAUAUGCCCUAUACUAUAUCUAAAUAGCCUCUGUUGAGUCUAAUAUGCUGGGAGCAUGGUCUGGACAUGUGCUGAGAUGUCCAACAUCAUCAGUGGAGUGUGUAAUCUCAGUAUAAUGUUGUCGCAGGCAGAAAAGUGAACCUCCUCGUUUAACCUCUGCCGCCUCCAGAGGGCUUGUUUUUAAUUACUAGAGGCUAACAAGCUGACCUUGGGCCUGGAGCGCUCAUUUGGAAUCCAUGCUCUCUGAGAUGUGCUCUGCUCUUCUGGGAGAGACGGAGGGAGGGAGGAAGGGAAGGAGGGAGAGUAGGAGGGAGGGACGGGGUCGCAGGAAGGGUGUGUGUGUGUUUGUGUGUGUGUGUUUUAACUGUUUUCUGUGAGAAAGGGGAUACUGUAGGAGUCAACACAGAGGCUUUGUUCAGUCUUAGUUCAUGUUUCUGUGUUCUGGCAGAAAUAGCAUCAUCCCCAGGAGAACCCAGGCAGCAGGACCUCUGUGCCUGCCUGUCUGCCUGCCCAGCAGAGCCAUGGGGGAGGGGUGAGGGCUGAGGGAGCAUAAUGUCAAACAUCCAGAAAAACAGGAAACUUUACCAGCCCCAACGAUUUAUAGUAUAGCACGGAAACCAUAACAUUACAUUUAUCAUAGACAUAACUUGUUGUGUUAAAAGUAGUCAUUAUUCACCCCCAUUGUCUCUCUCUUUUCUUCUCUAUCUGUCCGUCCGUCCGUCUGUCUGUCUCUCUCUCUCUCUCUCUCUCUCUCUCUCUCUCUCUCUCUCUCUCUCUCUCUCUCUCUCUCUCUCUCUCUCUCUCUCUCUCUCUCUCUCACGUACACUCACUCAACACAAACAUUCUGGCAUAUUCCUACCCUCAAUAGCUGUUUCCAUUUUAAUUGGUAAGGACAGUGAAGUCAAGUGUUUUAGUGCUUGAGAAUAGUUUGUUUUUGUGGCAAUAGGAGAGUGCAGGGUGAAACCACUACUGCUACUGAUGAGAGCAGAGAGCAGAGACGACUCAGGACUCGACCUGCUGCAUGCUGGCCGUUGUGGACCUGGGGCACCAAGCCAGCUCUUCCUAGCCCCAGCCCCAGUCCCAGUCCCAGCCCCUGCCCCAGUCCCAGUCCCAGUCCCAGCCCCUGCCCCAGUCCCAGCCCCAGCUCCUGCCCCAGCUCCUGCCCCAGUCCCAGUCCCAGCUCCUGCCCCAGUCCCAGUCCCAGUCCCAGCCCCAGCCCCUGCCCCAGUCCCAGCCCCAGCCCCUGCCCCAGCUCCUGAUCCCUGUCUUACCAUUGACUUUCAGUAUGACCCUCAUUACCAACAGGCACCUUCUGCUGUGGCAGACCUGCAAGAUGGUGGGGGGUGCGGGGAAGGGAGUAAGUGUGUGGGCCUACCGGGAGAGACCUCUGUGAGACAAGCAGGCAGGCAGGCAGAUGUCCUUCAGUUAGGGGACUGGAACAUGUGUCCUGGACAGAGACGGUGUUAGUCAGUCAGGUCAGCCAGUGGCUGUCUCCUGUCUCCCCCUCUCCCUCCCUCUCCCUCCCUCAAACUCACACCCCUUCUGUUUCACCUAGUACCCAGCUAGUUAACACAUACAUUCUUACACAACUAGGCUGAAACACACUGGAGACGUGGCAGCCCUCCGCAGCCCUACCUCCUCUCUGUCCUUGAGCGGUGCAUGGAUUAGUUAGCGGUGGCUGUGUGUCGUGUCACACCUCCCUCCUGCAUGUCUUCCUGCUCUCCUGAUUGUAUUUAUUGUUUCUUACCUCCUGGAGUCUGGCUGUGCUGGGUAGAGCUGCAGCUCCUCACCCCAUGGCUACGACCUGCUAAUCAGGCCUCACAAAAGCCAGGCUGACUGCCUCUAAUUUGAAGCAAAACCCAAUUAUGCUAUUUUUCCGGAACAAUAAAGUUCUUCCCACUCGAGGUCAGGGGCUUUGCCCAUCUACAGCUGUUAACAAACAUCUGUCCAACAGACUCGGCUUCCGCUCCGCUCCUACACAGACUGGAGCCUCACGUGUAGCCUAGAGACAUAGUCAGGCAGCUCGACGAGAGCCAUGCUCAACUCCACAAUCUACUUCAGCAAACAACAAUGUCACCCUAACCCAAAAUGCUCAAACUAACUCAACGUUGUAUUAGUGAGGUGGGGGGGGGGGGGGGGGGGGGGGGGGGGGGGGGGGGGGGGGGGGUAGAGUUGUGUUCAUUUCGGUGGCCCCUUGAAGACAAAAGGCUGUUUGUGUGUGAGGUGGGGGCAGUGCUAUCAUUGUGGGAACAUAAUCAGUCGGUCAUUUCCGCUGCCCAUGUGCUGUUGUGCGCCUCGGGUCCCCCAGAAGAAUGAACCUUUUGUGUGCUGUGUAUGUGGCGGCGAUAAAGUUUGGUACAGGAGAGUAUACAUGUUUAUAUCUGGAGAUAUGUGAGCAGGACACAAAGUGCUUUGUUUGGCUUUAGUCUGCGUCUGCACUACGGAGGGUGGGGCACACAGGCCACCGGGGCUGCGCCACUUUUUCCAUCCACACAAAUGGAGUCUGUAUGGGGCCCUGGCAAACCAGGAAAUGAGACAAGGCAUGCUGAUUGGUCAUACCGAACAGAAAGUAAAUUCUCCUUGACAACGCCAUCUGUUUGAAUAACAUAGAAACAGAGCGGCUUACCUACUCUGAGCCAGAAGGCUUGUCAGAGAGUUAUGAGGUGGUAUCUGUCUGGUCUGGAGCUGUGAGAGAUUGUACAUACUGUACUCUACCUAGCCCUCACUCUGAGACAGCAGUCCUAUUUGACAGGCCCCUGCCACUUACAGCAGGGGACAAAAGCCAAUUUAACCACUUACCUGGUGGCCAAUCAAUAAUAGCCUGAGGCAGACAGUAGUGCUGUCAACAUAGGGGAGUGGGUCUUAGAGAGGGGCCAGUACAAAAACAUAAUAAACUCCAGACCUGAUCAUAAAACAAUCUAAUUUAUGCUGUGUUCAAACUGACUGGAAAAGAGUGGAAACUCAGAUUUGUAUUUGAAUGUUAGAUACACAUUAAUUAUAGUUCACAUGUUCAUAGUGCCUAGAAGUUUUAACAGCAUCACUAAAGCCUCCAGUUUUCAUCAAUGAUAGACAAUCUGCCUUCCUUAUAUCUAAAGUUUAUUUAAAUGAUGACGUUUAUUGUGUUGUGGGAUUUUUUGACCCAACACCCAUUUUCUGUGAUGGUUGUCUGACAUUUUUUAAUAUGUUUUCAAAAGACAUCAGUAUCCGUAAUAACCUAUCCACUGAGCGCCUGCCAGAUAAUCAGGACAGCAGUAGACAGAUAGAAUAUUAUACAGAGUUCAAUCCCUUUGCUGUGUGGAAAAGUGAAUGUCAUUGAACGCUUAGCCAGUCAUCAAAACCACACGUCUGAGUGGUAAGUCACCACUGGUUAGUAAAGUUACUGAUUUAUCGCCAAGGAAAACAAGCAUGAUGACAUCAAUGGUCUUUGUGCAGCAAGCAGGAUGGGGCCUUAAUAAUGUAUGCGUUUAAUGUAUUCUGUGAUGGGAGUCCAACUGGGUUUGGUUUUCUAAGUGUGGGAUGGCAGGCAUAUAGAGGGCCAGCUCAGGUGGCUGUGUUAUAGGGUCCUAUUACAGGCCAGAAACUCCAACAGAAACCUCUCUACUGCAGCUCCUUCCACAGUGGAGGGUGGAGGGAAAUCAGAACAGUCUCUCUCACGUUGUCUGAAAACUUCUCUCUGUGAUGAGCGGAAAAAGAGCGCUCCAAGUGUGCUGAAUGAGAGCCAUGGCUGUGUGGUUUUUAAAAAGGCUGCUGUCUCUCCCUGGAUUCAAGCUUUGAUAUACAGUAAAGACCUUUGAUGGAGGUUCUCUGCCAGGCAUGGAAAGAGAGGAAGACGUGUGAGAGAGAGAGAGAGGGGGAGAGAGAGAGAGAGAGAGAGAGAGAGAGAGAGAGAGAGAGAGAGAGAGAGAGAGAGAGAGAGACAGAGAGACAGAGACAGAGACAGAGAGAGAGAGAGAGAGAGAGAGAGAGAGAGAGAGAGAGAGAGAGAGAGAGAGAGAGAGAGAGAGAAAGAGAAAAAGAAAAAGCUUUGAAUGGUGUCUGGCUUUGGAUGUUAACGCCUUGUGGGUUUCCUCCCUCUCCUCCCUACAGCAACUGUAUGCCGCCCAGCUUGCCAGCAUGCAGGUCUCUCCUGGAGCCAAGAUGCCGCCACUCCCCCAGCCUCCCAACAACAGCGGACCCAUCUCCCCCUCCGGCCUGAAGAACGACAAGAGAUCCUCCAGCCCUAUCACUCAAAUCAAGGUAGGCCCCCGCCUCUCAUCCCUCACACAGCCCACCACCCACUGCCCAAUGCCCCUGCCACUCAAGUCAAGGUAGCCCUGCCUACCCUCACCCAUCACUUAACCCACCCACAGCCCACCGCCUAAGUACUGGAGUGGUGCUUGACCCAGCCUGCUGCCUGCUCAGUAAAUGAGUGGUAGUAGUGGUAGUGGUGCUGCUGUUCUGUGUUCUGUGCUAAUACUGGGCCAAACGUCUUACCGGCCCAUCAAUCUGUGGGCCUUUAACAAGGCCCGCUCUCUCUCAACCAGAACUCUGUGGACAUGGUUGCUAUGGCUGUGGGCGCUCUAAGUGAGAGAAUUUGUGGAACACAUGGUUUCAGAUCACAAGGAACAGCAGAACCUUUUUUAUUAUCACAUCCACUGGGAUGGAACAAAACCAUUAGAACAGAGAGAGAAUCACUCGUAUGUUAAUGCAGUUUAAAAAGUGAAGGGAAAGGAGGAAUUGAUGGGUCUUAUUGUCUUGUAAAUAAACCAGAGAGCAGGGCCUGCUACUGCAUGGCCUGGAUCCACCAGACCUCUGUAUGGAGCAUAGGGUAGAUACAUCAUCCUCUCACCAUUAGAGGCCAAAAUCAGAAACAUGCCUCCAUUUGGAAAAGUUUAGCUUAAUAUCACAAUAGUGAAGGGACUUAAAUCAUGUAAUUGAAUGGUAGUGCAGCUCUCUCUUUCUGGUAUUCUCUUCAGCAUGCAGGAUCUGGAGCUAAAACACUGCCUCCCCCACAACCCCAGGCACACAGCCUCCUGAAAGCUCAUCCAUGGGCCUGUAUCAAGCUGUCUCCUCAACACUGUCACUUUAUAGGAUCUAUGUCAUUAAGGCUGUUUGUUAGAUAAGAGGCACUGUACAGAUCCUACAGGCCUUUUCACUCAAAUAUUUUGACAUUGAGUUGACGUUCUGAAUUGGCUCUAUGGGUAUGUAUCGUACUUCUAAACACUACAAGGUUGUGAACUUGAACUAUCAAUAACUAAACACUAAUGUAAAGUACAUAUGUCCCCAAAGCCCCAUCUGUAUUCAUCCUUAGUUAGAAUUAGAUUGCUGUUAGUUUUGUUUGUCAGCUUUUGGCUUCAUUGGAUGACAAACUGUUAUUGGCACAGCAAUAACAAGGCCUUGAGGCAGUCUGUGUCUGAGCCAGCCAUAUGUUUGGACAAGAAGACACUUGGGCUUUGAAAAAGACUGUUAACAACAGCAUACAGACUAAUCUCAGUGAUGAGACUUCACUAGAAAGAUAGAUAAGGAGGCAGUAGAGCUAUCCUUGACCCACCCAGGUACUUUCCUCCAUUGGUACGUGUGUAAUACCUACAGUACCAUCCAGUCAGGUAGCAGGUAUCCUCUCCAAGAGCUCCUAGACACUGCCCUGGGGAACACCACAGAUCACCAUCAGCCUCAAUCACAACUUACUGCUGCUCUGUGCUGCACUGCAACCAGCCCAGCAGACAUGUCCUUCUGUGACCUGACAUCUCACAUUAACUCACCCAACUUCACUAAGAAUGCAUUCUAAGCCAGUUAUACAAUUUAUUACACACUGUCGGAUGCAGUAUUACAUGAAACAAAUGACUAACACCAGUAUCCGCAAAUGAGAAAGGAAAUUGGAAAACAACUUAAUGAAUUAGAUAACGCAACUGACGUUUGAUGACUGUUACUUACAACCAUCUUUAAUCAUCACCAUGCAUCUCUGUAAUGUGGUUAUUAUUCAUUCUUAGACCAGAGAAGAGGGAGAACAGAUGAAGAUGUACAGAGAGGCAAAAAUCUGAUUUAAUUAUUGUGAACAAAGGCGCUCGGCAACUGUGAGGACGGCCAUGAUGGCACGGUGCCAGCAGAUGAAUGAGGAGAGGAGGGGAGAGGAGAGGAAAAGAGGGGGAGAGUAGAGCAGAGCAGGAUAGAAGAGGGGAGAGGAGAGAAGGGGAGAGGAGAGGGGGGAGCAGUGGACGGUCAGAUAGGAGCACUAGUAAUUAGUCAGGAGCAGAGUGUUGUCUGGGAGCCCACACAUCCUCCAACAGGAGAAGCCCUUAUUCACAUCGAUCUCCUCUCUCUCCCGCUGUCUCUCCCUCUCUAUCUCUCUCCCCCUCUUUCUGUCUGUUUCGCUCUCUCUUUCUCGCUCUCUCCUAUCUCUCGCUCUCUCUCUCUCCCACUCCUUUCCCUUACCCCAUCUCCACAAGGAGGAGGGAACGCAGCCUCUCAACCUGUCUGCCCGGCCCAAGACGGCUGAGCCAGUCAAGUCCCCCACGUCCCCCACACACAGCCUGUUCACGGGCAGCAAGACCAGCCCCAACAGCCUGUCCAAGAGCGGCAUCCCCAGUCCCCUCGGAGGCAUGGGCCGUGGGUCUUCUCUGGGUAAGAACUGGCCACACUCUGCAUCUCACCUCCAGCUCCAUCUCCAAUAGUCAAUACAUACUGAUUGAAUAACCACACAGGAGCACACACAGAUCUGUUUUGAACUGGCCACCCCCUAGAUCACAUAGAAAGAUCAGUAUAAUUCCAUAACAUUGAUAUAGGAUCAAAGCUGGAUAUUUUGUUGGUUUUAUUUUCUGUGUUUAGAUAAUGGGAGUUGAACAUACAAUAUUUCACACUGUCAAGGUGUACAAAUGGCUUUGAACAAUGUGACCAGCCAGAAUGUUGGCCAUUUUUUAAAUCUGGAUUAAACAAAAGUGAAUGACGUUUAUCCCUAUGUAGACGAAACUGUUGACACAAUUGCAACUCCUAUUCUCGGUAGAACCUUGAUAUUAAAAACCAUGCAAUAUAGACCUGCGGAUGUUGUAACACAUUAUUUGUUUUUAAGAGGUCUCACGUUUCACCAUCCCUCUCAUGUUAAGCCUUUCUACUCAGCCUUUGCUAACUGUUAUUAAAUGCAGUCUUUCAUUAAAGUGGCUGUAUUUCCGCUGUUUGGCUCAGACCGGGGGCUUUAAACCCAGUCCCUAUGUUUGUUUUUCUUCUAUUUCUGUGUUUUUAACUGUCAUCCCUCCUCACCUAACUUUGAGAUGUUAAUUACACAAAGAAGGCGACAGACUCGGUCUACUGCCUCUCGCUGUCUUUAAAACAGCCCCACACGUACACAGAUGCAGGCAGCACACACACACACACACACACACACACACACAUACACAUACACACACACACAUACACACUCACUGGAAAAAGGAGGAGGACCUCCUACAAGGCUUGAUUCUCCACAUAGGAUGAUGAACACCUGUCAGUGGGCUCAUUCACUGUGAAUCAAAAUGAAUAGUGUGUAUGUGUAUCUACUGUUUAUGUGUGUGUGUUUUUAACUGGGCCUGUCCCUCCCUCCCCCAGACAUCCUGUCCAGCCUGAACUCCACAGCGCUGUUCGGGGACCAGGAUGCGGUGAUGAAGGCCAUCCAGGAGGCCAGGAAGAUGAGAGAACAGAUCCAGAGAGAGCAGCUGCAGCACCACCAGCAGGGCAUGGAGGCCAAGCUCUCUGCCCUCACAGGCAUGGGCCUCAACAACUGCAGCAGGGCUGACAAGGUCAGAAUGCCUGCCCCCUCCGUCCGUCUGUCUGUCUGUCCAUCCAGCUCUCUGUCUCAUUCUCUCUCAUUCCUUUUCUCCUCUCUUCCAUGUAUCUUCCUGUAUGUUGCUUUCUGUUUAUUCACUCUUCUCUUUCUGUCUCUUUUCUCCCUCCCUCCCUCUUUUGUCCUCACCAACAGAGCUGGUUCACUGAGUACAUUGUGA